AUGAAAAAGGCUAAAGAGGGGUGGGCAAUCCCUAGUGUGAUCCCAGAAAAGGAAGGAGAGCCAAUCCGACCAAUAAAGGAACCAACUCCCUUGGGAGAACCCGUCAUGAAUUUCGUAGCUGUAGAACCAACACAGGAUAUCAACUUAGGGACGAACGAAGACCCUAAAAUCGUGGGAAUCGGUCUCGCAGUAACACAAAAUGCUCUUAACAUAGUUUUACUUCGCACUGAUGAAGGGGUCGAAAAGCCUAUAUUCUAUGUCAUUUCAGAGAAUGGAAAGCAGUUCGAAGGGGAAAAUGUGAGAAUGUUAUUCAAUGCCUUCAAAAUUAAAAGUGGAAAAUCAACUCCAGUGUACCCUCAGAUCAAUGGGCGGGCAGAGGCCACGAACAAUACGAUAGCAUGCACACUAAAGAAGAAAUUGGAGGGACACCACAAAGGAUGGUGUGAGCAAAUUCCUAAUGUAUUGUGGUCAUACAGAACUAUCAGGCGAGACGCCACAUGGAUGUCAUCCUUUUGUUUGACAUAUGGGGCAGAGGCAGUCUUUCCCACCGAAGCUAUCCUCCCAACAACAAGGAUAAAAUCAUGCGAAAAAGGGCUAAACACCGAUUUAAUCCUCGCAAAAUUGGAUGAUCUAGAAGAAAACCGAGAGAUUGCACUACAACACAUGAUGAAUUACCAUCAGAGACUAGCAAGAGAAUACAACAAGAAAGUAAAGGCACGAAGCUUCAUACAGGGAGAGCUAGUACUACGAGAAAUACCACCAUACCAAAAGGGGUCAGGAGGAAAAUUGGAGCCUACUUGGGAAGGACCGUACAUCGUGAAAAGAGUAGUAGGGAACGGGGCGUACGAAUUAGCAGACUGCAAAGGAAAGGGCACUGACGAGGAAGUCAAGAUAAUAUACGGCGAGGUUGAAAGACAAGAUCGAAAGUUGGACCAUCCGUAG